UCACUUAGCAAUAGUGAUGAUAGUAAUUAUCCAACCAAGAUUAGCACUUGGAGUCAAUAUAUUGUGAGUUGUAGAGUUGAUUUGAAUUAUGUGUACUUCAAAGUUCAGCUUCAAACUUCUGAUGGCAAUGGUUGGUUUGGAAUGGGGUUUGGUCCAGAGGAUGAAGGAAUGAAAGGUGCUGAAUUUAUCAUUGGCAUUGUUUCUAAUGGAAAUGUCACAUUGGAAAAUUAUCAUGCCGAUGUGGGUGGUUACCAUCCUCCCAUUCGUGAUUCCGAUUCCGAUCAAGAUCCUACUAUUGUACCAAAGGUUUCUAUGUCUGAUAACAGUGCUGUGACCGUAGAGUUCAAAAGACUUCUCAAGCCGCCAGGUAGAAAACCCAUUACUAAUGGUGAUAUGAAAU